AAGAGAAAAAGAGACGAGAACAGGAGGAUCAGAUGUACAGGGAACGACUGCGCACACUCUUUAUUAUCGCUGUUAUCAUGAGCUUACUCAACUCUAUUAACACCAGUGGCGGUAACAUAUCCUGGAACGAUUUUGUGAAUGAAAUGUUGGCCAAAGGGGAGGUGUCGCGAGUACAGGUGGUCCCAGAGAGUGACAUUGUGGAGAUCUACCUUCACCCUGGAGCUGUCAUCUUCGGCAGACCGAGACUUGCCCUGAUGUAUCGAAUGCAGGUGGCCAACAUUGACAAGUUUGAGGAGAAGCUUAGAGCGGCGGAGGAAGAGCUGAAUAUAGAUGCCAAAGACAGAAUACCAGUGACCUACAAGCGCACAGGCUUCUUUGGGAAUGCCCUUUAUGCUCUUGGCAUGGCUGCCAUUGGGGUUGCAAUCCUCUGGUACAUCUUCCGAUUAGCAGGAAUGGGUGGGAGAGACGGAGGCUUUAGUGCCUUUAAUCAGUUGAAAAUGGCUAAAUUCACCAUUGUUGAUGGGAAGUCUGGGAAAGGUGUUAGCUUCAAAGAUGUGGCAGGAAUGCGCGAGGCCAAGAUGGAAGUCAAAGAGUUUGUGGAUUAUCUCAAGAAUCCAGACCGAUACCUUCAGCUUGGGGCGAAGGUUCCGAAAGGCUCUCUGCUUCUGGGACCUCCUGGCUGUGGGAAGACUCUGCUUGCUAAGGCUGUGGCAACGGAGGCUCAGGUGCCCUUUCUGGCUAUGGCAGGUUCAGAGUUUGUAGAGGUGAUUGGAGGCCUUGGAGCUGCAAGGGUGAGAAGUCUUUUUAAAGAGGCUCGUGCUCGAGCUCCUUGCAUUGUGUACAUCGAUGAGAUUGAUGCCGUGGGGAAGAAACGCUCCACAAACAUGUCUGGUUUCUCAAACACAGAGGAGGAGCAGACCCUAAACCAGCUACUUGUGGAGAUGGAUGGAAUGGGUACAACAGAUCAUGUUAUUGUCUUGGCUUCCACUAAUCGGGCAGAUAUUCUGGACAACGCGCUCAUGAGGCCAGGCAGGCUUGAUAGGCACAUAUUCAUAGACCUGCCAACACUUCAGGAGAGAAAGGAAAUCUUUGAGCAGCACCUGAAAAUCCUAAAGCUCACACAACCAGCAGACUUUUAUUCUCUGCGCCUGGCUGAGUUGACACCAGGCUUCAGUGGUGCUGACAUUGCCAACAUCUGUAAUGAAGCUGCCCUUCAUGCUGCCAGAGAGGGCUUCAAGUCCAUCGACACCUUCAGCUUUGAAUAUGCUGUGGAAAGAGUCAUUGCAGGGAGUGUGAAGAAGAGUAAAAUCUUAUCGAAGGAGGAGCAGAGGGUGGUAGCCUUCCAUGAAUCUGGUCAUGCUCUAGUUGGAUGGCUGCUAGAACACACAGAAGCUGUCAUGAAGGUAUCAAUAGCUCCCAGGACAAAUGCUGCUUUGGGCUUUGCUCAGAUCCUGCCGAGGGAUCAGUUUUUGUUCACUAAAGAGCAGCUGUUUGAGAGGAUGUGCAUGGCAUUGGGUGGACGAGCCUCUGAGGCCAUCACCUUCAAUAAGGUCACCACAGGUGCUCAGGACGACCUGCGGAAGGUGACCCGUGUAGCGUACUCCAUGGUGAAGCAGUAUGGGAUGGUUGACAGUGUGGGUCAGGUGUCAUUCCCUGACUCUGAGAAUCAGAGUGGCAUUGGACGAAGACCCUUCAGCCAAGGCCUCCAGCAGCAGAUGGACCUCGAAGCUAAGAUGCUAAUAGCAAAAGCCUACAGGCAUACAGAGAAACUGCUUUUGGACAACAGAGACAAACUUAUUUUGCUGGCCAAUGCUCUGCUAGAGAGAGAGGUGGUGAACUACAAUGACAUUGAGGCUCUACUGGGGCCUCCUCCAUUUGGCCCCAAAAGGAUGAUUGCUCCUCAGAGCUGGGUGGAGGCUGAACGAGACCUGCAGGACACAGGAGAAGAUGAGCCUCGCAGACCCCAGAGACCCUCCAAAGACAACAAAGAUGACGACAUCAACUUGAGCCCAGCCUGAGCUUCACAACACACACAAUGUCUGCAAUACCUACACGAAGAGAGAGUGACUGCCUCUGAGGAUGAGGCUGAUUCACAAAAUGUUGCUUUAAGGGAAAAAUAAAUAGUUUGUGUUGUUUUCACGCUUAUUGCUCCAGUCCAGUCUAACUGAAGUGUGCUUAGGCUGAUCAUUUUGACCAGUAAUUCUAUUUAAAAUGUCUGUAGGUCAUUUGAUUAUGAAACAAAAGCAUUUAACAAGCAUCGAUCAAGCAUUUGAGUAGUCCGUCUCUUAAAGAGUUGUUGAUUCCUCCUUUGAGAAUCGUACAAAAUCUGUUUUAAAAACAGUAGCUCUGCUGGUUUUUUUGCUAGACUGAAACAUUUGCAGAAGUAUGUCUGAAAUCUUGUGCUAUCAGUCAAUUUUCCUCACCAUAUGUAAUAAAUUAUUACAUUUGCUUUUACUGUG